AUGAAAGUGUCUGCGGUUCUUGCUUCUUGCGUUGCUGGAGGCUUUCAAUUGGGCACUGACUACAACUUCGAGUGCCAGGAAAAUGGAAUUCUCGUCACAUCCGAAGACUCUUCGUUUGUCUUGACUGAUCGCGCAAAGAACAUCGAGACGGAAUGCAAAGCAACUUCGCAUUGGAACAAUUCUGGGGGUUCGAUCUACUUGCCGCAAUGCAUCCAAAUAAAAGAAGACACGCGUAACUGGAACGGGCUGAUCAUCACGCGGAAAGAAGGACCUCGCAAGUGGAAGUCGCAGACAAUCUUCGUCGAAUGCGUGACAGGAAAAUCUGAGCAUGACCCUAAACUUUAG